AGUACCAUAUCACAUCUAGCAGAGUUUUAGACGUGCAUUACGAUAAUGGCGCAAGGAACAGUGUUAGGUGAGGAGAAAAUAGGCAGGCGACGUGCUGUUCCCGUGCUGUACCUUCAAGGUUCCCAUUAUGACGUUGGUUUUGACAUCGGACGUAACUUUGCAUCCAUCAUCAAGAGUUUCCUGGCAACAUACCAGAACCUUAGAGACUUCGAAAGAGAAUACAAAACGGAUAUCGGCAGGGAAGCAUACGAUAAGACACUUGAAAACAUGAAGAAACGGUUCCCAUAUUACGUAAAGGAAAUGCAAGGUGUCGCAGACGGAGCUAAUGUGCCGUUCCAUCAGCUUUUCCUAUUGCAAAUGGAUGACAUAAUUGGAACAAUUAACGACAACCACUUACCUCGCAACGACACAGGGGGUUGCAGCUCUUUGGCAAUUAAAACUCCUAAAAGCGCUGUUCUUGGACACACUGAAGACGCAUUUGGAGAGACUCUCAAUCAUUUCUAUAUAAUGUCAGCUCACAUUAUUCCUACUCAAGAAGAUAAAGAACAUGGAGCAAUUGAAGAAAGGUUCGCAUCGCUGUGCUAUGCAGGCCACUUACCUGGUUACACAAUGGGCUAUAAUGAAAACGGUCUAGUGUUCUCUAUUAACACCCUAAGUCCCUUAAUGCUUAAACCUGGCAACACACCACGUACAUUCAUCACGCGAGCUCUUUUAGCGUCAAAGAAUUACGCAGAAUCUGAAAGAAUCCUUCGUGACGAGGGAUUGGGAAUUGCAAAUGGUUUCUCCGUGAACAUGAUAUGGACGAACAAGAACGGUGAACACCAGAUAUACAACGCUGAAGUUGCGCCCGACCUCAAAGCAGAUAGAUCAAUCGUAAACGUCCACAAGUAUACAGAUGAGCCCUUGAUACAUACUAAUAUAUAUCAACGUGUAUCUGUAAAAGAAGUUAUCGGUCCAAUAAUAGACAGCAGCGAAUACCGUAUGAAGAUCAUUCACUCUCAUACUCCUCCACACGACCAGAAGGAUAUCAAGAAUAUACUGUCUGACACCACCGGUACUGACUUCCAAGUGUUCCAAGAGAAGAAGGAUUCCAUUAUCAAAACUAUCGCUGCUGGGCUGUUCGAGUUGGACAAAAUGACUUGGAGCAUCUUCAUCAAUAAACCAAAUAUUUCAGAGCCCGUUGCUAUAUUACCAAUAAGGUUCUCGAUGUUAGAUAAAUCAGUUCAGUAAAUAUUCGAGAGCGUAAAUAAAGCGAUUUUAAAAUAAUUUAAUCAUAACUAUAGAUCGAAUUAUAUUCGAAUUUUUAGUUUGAAGUGUCAUUUUUAAGUAAUUGCUAGCUUGUGUUUUACUUUAGUAAUAAUCCUACAUAAAAAUUUAUAUCUGUAUUGUGUACCUAUAAUUUAUUUAAUUAUGCUCCAAUAUAGAAAAAAUAUUAAAUGCUGCAUGUAAAUCAGCACUAUCUACAAUAAGUUUAGCAUUACAAUGUGUGUUUAAGGUAUAUCAUUAAAAUUACGAUACUAUAAUAUAUUAGUCACCAUAAUUUAAAUGUUAGCGUAUUGUUUAAGAACAUACGUAAUGUUGGGUCUUCAAUAAGUAACGAUGCAAGUAAUGGACAACAAUAUACUGAUAUUGAUGUUGUCAUUACUUAGCACAUCUCUACAAGACACUGCACAGUUACUUCCUGAAUAUCCAGAAGAAUAAUAUUAGCAAUGUGGUGUGAAAAAUAAAUCAAAUUAUUACAUCAAA